AUGGGAUAUAGUGGACCACUGAAUAGUUCUAACUACUUGAAAGCAUGUUUUUCCAAGCCUUACAAGUUCUUUAUUCAUUCAAUCGUGCAUCCAUUGAGUCACAAGAAGGGUGGUUAUGAUGUCAUGAGAGAUUAUCAGAUGGACAUCGUGACGGCACUUGUGUUGAACAAGAAGUAUAAUUUUUCGAGAAUCAUUUUUCAUUACAUGAAGGAGAAUAUUACAUCAAAAAGCAAAACAUGGAUCUAUCCAAGAUUUGUACAUAUGAUACUUGAUCAUGCCUAUCCAAAUUUAGAAAAAGAUGAAAACAAUGAUUUGUUGACGUUGUUCCACAUGGAUAAUGAGACGCUGAAAAGUAAAAACUACGUUGAUCCAGAUCCUGUUGAUUAUCUCAAAUGGAGAAACGAUGAAGAAAUGAAGGAAAAGAGCGCAGCUGAUGAACUUAAACAGUUAGAAGGUUUCAAAAAUACAAGAAGUGAGUGGUUCUUGAAAGAUGUAAAAGAAAAUAAGAAAAGAGGAGGCAAGAGAACUCCGAAAGAACAAGCUGAGGAAGGUUCAUCUUCACAACCAAAGAAGAAAUGUCAAAAGAAGGUUGUCGAGACAAUGUUGGUCGAUGAAUCAGAGGAAGAAGAACCGGAAACUGUUGCUGAAAAAGAACAAGGUCCAGUAUCUCUUGAUAUUGAACAAGUGUUGAAAGAUACAACUGCACCAACAAAAGAUAUUGAUUAUGGCUUGGAAACAGAGAAGGCAGCUGGUGAAGAAGGUGACAAUGAAGAGAAAAGUUCAUCAAGCUCAUCUGAAUCAGAGAUUGAUGAAACUGAACGUUUGGAAAGAAUUAGGGCUGAAGUUCAAAAAGAAAAACAGUUAAAGAGAAAAAGGAGAGAGGAAAAAGAUGAUGAGUUGUACAUUCCAUCUCCGGAUCAUGUUCAAAAGGAAGUUCAAACACCACCAUCAUCUGGAGGUAGGAAGAAGGCUAGUGCAAGAAAACGUGUUGUAACUUCUAAAGCUGCUUGGAAGUUGACAAUCAAGCUUAAUCCUAAAUGUGCAUCAAAACCAAAACCACCUACUCCAUCAAAACAACCUACACCACCUGAACCACAACAACCAUCACCACAUCAAUCACCACUUCAUCAAUCACCACCAAAACAACCUACACCACCACAUCUAUCACCACCACAUCUAUCACCACUACAUCUAUCACCACCACAUCAAUCACCAAUUCUAGAACAACCUGUUAUCACAUCACAACAUAUUCUACAAACACCUCCAACCACACAAUCACAAGCACAAACAACUCCUGGUGAAGAAGUUGGAAAAGAAGGUAGAAGAAGUGUUGAGAAUAAAAAGUUGGUAGAUCGUGAAAAGAAACUUGAAAAGCGUGUCAAGACAGUUGAAGCUGAAAACUUGUCAUUGUUGAAAAGAGUUGAAGCUGAUCAGGCUGACAUUGAUAUUCUUAAAGUACGUAUUGUUGAGUUAGUAGAAGAAAAAGCUCGGAGAGAUGAGCAAAAUGAGUACUUCAAACUAAAGAACAAAGAGCUAGAGGCUGCCAAUGUAAAGAAAGAGCACGAGAUGUUUAUGAUGAACAAAGUGCUAGAGAAUUUGAUUGGGAAGUCUGGCGAACAAAAGUUUAAAGAAAUUCAGGUUGAAGAGGUGAGAGCUCGUCGUCAAGCUGCGAUUGAAGCUGAGAUGAAAAAUAAGGGUAAAGGUGUUGAAGGUGUAUCUGAAGUUACUGAGAGGGCAAUUGUUCCAUCAACUGUACCUGAAUCACCUAUUCAAAAUCCUCGUCCUAUCUCUGCAGUUUCUGGUAUAUUUGAAGAAGAUGUAGAAAUUGAUGAUGCUAAAGAUGAUGCAGAUGAUGUGUUUUCUGCAAGUAGUGAUAAUGAUGAUGAUGAUGAUGGGAAUGACGAUGAUCAAGGUACUUCAGACAUUAAAGUUACUAAAGAGUCGAAUGAAGAAAAUGUUGAUGAUUAUCUUCAAGAUGAUGCAAAUGAAGAGCCUGAGAAUGCAGGAAGUGAGGGGGAGCAUGUUGAUGAUCAGAAUGUUGAUGAAAGUGAAAAAUUGUUUCUGCGUCUUGAACCUGACGUAGAAGAAGGUGAAAUCAGGCAUACUUAUACGAUGGAUGAGAGUAUCGAGAUGACACAUAUUGAAGAUAUUAACUUCCAGUUUGAUUUUGAAGAAGAAGUGAAUCAGUUUGAUAUCAACCAGUAG